CAAUGUGCAGUACAACCAGAACCAGACAAAUGACCCCCCAACAUUAGCCAGUCGCCACACCAAGACACAUGGCUUGUCUUUUCCUCCACAUUUGCCUUGUGGCAUUCUUCUCAUUUGAUUUCUCCGGAGCAGCUAGCAACAGCGGUGUGCCGGGCAGCGAUACAUCCACGCCCUCCCCGGAACAUUUCUACAGCCACCCCAGUCUCUUUGACGCUUACGUCGACCUACAGGACAAUAUACUCAACAGAACCGUCGUACGCAAGAAAGUCCCAGCCAUCAUAUCAAACUAUACGACAAAAACCUAUUUAUUCUUUGAGCCAUAUCAAAUCUUAUCCGUGGAUGACGAAGAGCAAACAGUCAGCAUGAAGACGACACUGGAUCUCUUCUGGCUGGACCAAAAUCUGAUGUGGGAACCGGGUGAUUAUUUGGGUCUAGACAGUCUGCAGGUUGCAUCCAGCCAGGUAUGGACACCCCGCAUUGGAAUGGCAGAGGACGUAGAAAACGACGAGUUCAAAAUGCCAGCUUCAGUUUUGAUCUAUUCAAACGGAGAAGUGUAUGUCUUUCUUCCAGGUCGAGUGAAGUUUUUGUGUUUUUUGGACAUGGAGUUUUUCCCUUUCGACGAGCAUGAGUGUAAACUGUCGUUUCUUGCCGAUUCUUGGAAUCUUCACAAUUAUUUGGGGGAUGAAUACGAUCUAACGAAGCACUUCGCGGCGAGUUCUGAAUGGACUCUUCUGUCCUUUGACUGUAUAGAUUCAGAAAAUCCCGUGGCCUCUGCUCAGAUCGUCAUCUGUAGCAUACGCAUGCGCAGGAGAAGCACUUUCUACGUCAUCAACAUCGUGGUGCCCAUGCUUCUGACGUCAGUGAUGACGUUGGUGGUGUUCCUCCUGCCGGCAGAGUCUGGGGAGAAGAUGUCCUUCCUGGUCUCCCUGUACGUGUCCACCUCCGUCUUCCUUAACUUCAUGGUGGACUUUCUGCCCAGGUCUAUGGACAAGGUGAGCUGUCAGAAUGUAUGGGGAAAUGUAUAAGAGAAUACUGACAGUCUUCUGCAACACAACAUGACCAAUACACAACUGUGUGCCAAUACUUUUUCCUCUUCAGGUGUCAGGUCUGGAGCACACAUUGACGACCACGGUACCCCAUUCCUUCCUGCUGUAUGUCUUGCUCCUUCCUGCUGUCUGUCUUCCUGAUCAGCUUGGUUUUCCACUUUGCGUUAUCCGUUGAUGAGUUGUUCAGGCCAUCUGUGUAUGUUGUUUUUUGUCUUCAUCUACUCUUCUUCCCCUCUAUCUUUCCACACAGCAGCAGUUUCUCUAGUCCAUUUGAUCUAUUCAUUAAGCCAAAGAAUCUCAGUUGUCUUUUUCUGGUGGUUCCGAUUCUAUUCGGAGCACUUCUCUAUUUGUUUUCCUCUCUGUCUAUGAGAAUCUGAGUACUCUCCUUAAAUACACCUUUUCACAUUUCACCAGCCUCGAGUCUUCUCUCUGUGUCUUUGCUAAGAGUCCAGCUCUCGCAUAAUACAUAAGGAUUGAUCAUACGUACCCUUUCAGGGUUCUUAUUAUUUUUUUGGUUCACUUGUUACGUUUCUAUUUGAGAGGACAGAGUUCAUCUUGCAGAAAGUUUCUGUAGAGAUAUUGCAAUCCUCUUUUUUUUUAUCUACGUACCUACAACAUGAUAAAUAUAAAUCUUGUUACCAUCAUACUGAUGAUUAAUGAAAUACACAAUUUUGCAACAUGACUAAUAUACAACUGUGCUCUAAUUGUUUAGGUUUAACGCCCUUUGCAACGUGUGAGGUUAUUCAAGGGGCAGGGCCUCAUAAUAUAAUGUCCAUCUCCGAUAGGACGGAGAUAAAUGGGAAAACUCGCGUAAAGUGCCCUUCCCAAUGACCCAACGUUGGGCUGAGCUGAACCCCGAACUCCUAAAUCUUAAAUUUCACAAUUGUGAGUCCGGUAGUCGAACCACUAGACUACCGUUUUUUUGGUUUU